AUGUCACAAUCUAUUGUAUUAGACGUAGGAUCACCAAUAAAAGGUGAUAUUGGUCUUACUCAUUGUAAAGCUCAACGGCAAGGUUUUUUAUAUAAUAAAUUUGGUUUUUGUAAAAAAAAACAUUUCACUCAAAUAGCAUUUAACAAACGUCAAUAUAAAAAAUUACCAUUUCAAUUCUUCUUCCUAUCAUCAACUAUCAAGCUACAAGAACAAAAACAAGUCAUUUCUGUAGGACACGACAAAGAAAAAAACAAAAAAUCUAAACAACGUGAUUUAAAUGUUGUUAUUGAUGAACUUCGACGUUCACAAACAAUAUCAGCAACAUAUUCUAUUGAGUAA